AGUUGGGUUCCGGGCUCCUGCUCUCCUAUACAUGUUCACAUCGAAGUUGAAAACCAUUGUUUAGAAUGUGGUUAAAAGGCUUGCAUAAAAUGGAGAACCCAUUGAGAUCCUAUCCAUGUCUCUGUCUCUGCAUCUUCCUAACCAUGGCGUCUCUCUGCGCUGCAGGUGAAUCAAAAGUUUGUUACCACAAGAAUCAGAAUUCUCAUUAUUAAUGGUUUCUCCUGUCUUAUAUGGGAUGCGUCUAUUCUGGCUUCAAAAUGGUAAAUAUGAAUCGUACAAAAAGACCAUUAAAGUGGAGAACAACUGCACGUUCCCUGUGUGGCCUGCGAUACUUUCAGGGAACGUACCAGAUGGGUUUCGGAAUAUUCUACAACCCGGCGAAAAGUACUCCCUGAAAGUUCCUCAGGACUGGGAGGCAACCGUAUGGGGAAGGUUUGGAUGUUCUUCCGAAGGGAACGAAUCAACCCGAUUAGUUUGUGAAUCUGGUGAUUGUGGAAAUUUGCUACGGUGUGAGAAAGCUCCGGAUCAGAAUUUGCAGCCGUAUACACGGACCAUAUUUGAUAACCGCAGUCUUAGUGUUGAUGUCCAGAUGGGUUAUAACCUCCCAAUGUAUGUGGGUUUUGUUAACGCUUCCUGGGAACGUUUCACGUGCGGUUCGUUCCACUGCACAGGAUUAGUUGCUGACCUUUGCCCGAAAAUUUCACAGGUGAAAGUGAAUAAUAAGGUGAUCGGGUGUAAAUGUUCUGACUGCGAUACAUAUUCGGGGCAUUGCAAUCCGGAAGAGUACAAUGCAGCUUUCUACGCAGCCUGCCCAAGUGCUGUUCCUUUCAACCCAGACUUUUGGUGCCCAGAUUCCAAAAAUUACUUGUUUACUUUCUGUCCAGCAUAGUCACCCAAAUUCCAUGCUUCUGGGAUUUUUCUGCAAUUGCAUGGUUCUGUUUGCUGCGUUUUUUUAAGUGAUGUAAUAAAAACUAGACCAUCUAGUUGGAUCGUGGUUUUAAGAAUAAAAAUGAAAAUAAAAAUUUAUGUAUUUUGUAUUUUUCC